AUGUGCAACUCCUCUUAUUUGGCACCUGUAUUUCAGCUCCAAUUAAUCACUCCAUUAGUGUUGAUAGUAUUGAGAAAAAGUGAACGCUUUGGUUAUGUCAUAAUCACAUGUUUGGUGGCAUUGGGGCUGUGGUUAAGUGUUUGGCCUAAACUAGUGUUGGGCACCAGAAUAGCUCCCUUCGAGAUCUCAUCGAUGAGUUCACUCUCGGAAGUGAAGCAUUCAAUCAUCCGUUACACACAAUACACCGACCAAUACAUCACAUCAUUUGCUUUGGGAUUACUGUUGGCUUAUUUGGUGCGAUAUAAGUAUAGCGUUCGCAUCCAUUACUUGUUAACUGUUGUCCUUUGGAUAAUGUGUCCACUACUGAGUCUGGCCUCUAUUGUAUGGGCAGAGAGUUUCAUCCAGAACAAUGAACUCAACAACUCAUAUACACAACAAAAUCAGUUGCAAUUCAUAUUGUGCUACUCUGUGGGCAAACUCAUGUGGUCUACAGGAGUGGCCUGGGCUAUAUAUGCUUGUACUACUGGUCGGGCUGGAUAUAUGGGUUAUAUAUUGAAUGGCAAGUCUUUGAGACCACUUUGUCGCCUCUCAAUAACAAUUUUAGUGAUGCAUUCAGUUGUCAUCAAUUACCAGAUGUUUACCCGAAAAGAUGUCUAUCAAAUGACACACUUAUCGACGAUCUCCAAUAUG